AUGGCUCCAAAGUUAGAGAAAGAAUCCCAAAUUUCCAUUGUCUCCCGUUUCUUGAAAGGCCAAGGAACAUGGACUAAAGAAGAUAUCAAGAUCGCUCUUUUCUGGAUCAAGCUUCUCUUAGGUUUGGUUAUUGGUAUUUCUCUUGGUUUCCUCAGAAUCAAAGGAUUCUUAACAGGAUUUGCAAUUUUUGUUGGCGUUUCAGUUUUUCUAUCACAGUAUUGGGUUAACAACGUACUUAAUGCACAAGACUUAUUUGGUGAGAGAGAUAGCCCAGUUAUGGAAGGAUUAUUAAAUGGCCUUGCAUUAAUGGUAUUCACUUGGGCUUCAAUUUAUACAGUUUUAAAUUAUUCUAAUUAG